GCACGACCAAGUUGGCUAACAAUACGGAAAUUCGCCUACUUCGUCAUUUCCGGUAGUUUUGAGCGUUUGGAUACGGUUGACCCCCCUCUAGUGGGGGGAAACAAGAAUAAACCGGCGGCUGCCGCACAAGACCGCUUGGGUAAUGUAGUCCACAUAACGAUGACCACUCAUAGAUAGUCUGUGACCUCUGUAGAUGUCGGCGUAUCGAGAAAUACAUUAACCAGAAGCCCCCGCGACGGCUCAACCCGAGCUACGCAAGGAAUCAUGAAUUACGCUCGGUUUCUGACAGCAGUGAGCGCAGCCAGAAAGCCCUCCCCCAUCAGGAUGCUGACUGAGCUGCAGCAGCGGUCGCCUCCAUCCUUAAUCUCUUUGGCUGGAGGAGCGCCCAACCCGAACACCUUCCCCUUCCUGUCAGCGUCCAUUAAGGUGAAGAAUGGACAGACACUCACGUUCAAUGAGGCGACGAUGAAGAGGGCUCUGCAGUACUCUGCCUCUAAUGGAAUACCCGAGCUUCUGACGUGGAUGAAGAACCUGCAGAAGAACCUCCACAACCCACCGACCGCCGGCUACACCCCCGAGAACGGCCAGAUGGACAUUUGUAUAACCACGGGGAGCCAGGAGGGGCUCUGUAAGUUGUUUGAGAUGCUGGUCAACCCUGGAGACAACGUUCUGCUGGAUGCGCCCACUUAUGCAGGCACACUUGCAGCGAUCCAGCCGCUCGGUUGCAACUUAAUCAACGUACCCAGCGAUCAGCACGGCAUCAUACCCGCAGCCCUGAAGGAGGUUUUGUCUCGGUGGGACCCCUCAGAGGUCCACAAACCCGGCAGCUCUGCUCCCAAGAUUCUCUACACCAUCCCCAACGGAGGAAACCCCACCGGUGCCUCCAUGACGGCUCAGAGGAAGCAGGAAGUGUAUGAGCUGGCCAGGCAGUACGACAUGCUCAUCAUCGAGGACGACCCGUACUACUUCCUGCAGUUUGACAAGCCGUGGGCUCCCUCGUUUCUCUCCAUGGAUGUUGAUGGGAGGAUUAUCAGGACAGACUCCUUCUCUAAGAUCCUGUCUUCAGGGCUGAGGAUAGGUUUUGUGACGGGUCCCAAACCGCUGGUAGACAGGGUGGUGCUGCACAUCCAGGCCUCGACAAUGCACACCAGUACCUUCACGCAGCUCAUGGUGUCUGAGUUGUUGCACAGCUGGGGCCAAGAGGGUUUCCUCCAACACAUAGAUGGGGUGAUUGAGUUUUACCGGAAACAACGCGAUGCCAUGAUCAGCUCUGCAGACAAGUGGCUCAAAGAAAGCCCCCCCAAUCCGACGUCAGAAAGGUGUGGAAGGAGGACCGCCUUCUGACGAAGUAUACUGGCAGCUUAAAUACUGAAGCUUUGCAAAUGUUUUGCGCAAAAAAAUCCAUUGAACAUAUUUGCCAGUAAAUAUACACUGAAUGCAUUUUUGUGAGAAAUACAGAAUGUAAACAUAACUUUUGUUUGCUUACAAGAAAAGUCCACAGGGUACCUUUUUAAUAAUCUUUUGUUGAAAUAAAUAAAUCUGCAAAAAUAAAAACCUGUAUCAAGCCCGAUCUGGCAUUUGUGCAUAAUAGGGGUCCUCCCUAGACUCUCCAAUCAGCAAUAUAAAAAGUGGCUCGCUGUAGUCUUUACUGUUGCUAAAAAAGGGCAUUUACGGUAAUUCAAGAUUGGUCAAAUGCACUGUUAUAACUUACUAAACUAAAAUAACUUUAGUUAAAUAUUUAUGUCAUGUGGCUAAAAGCUCCGGAAAACCAAGUGAGUGGACCUUGUGAUAAGAAUUUUUUGUCAGACUAUAGUCAUUUACAUUAAUACAGACUCUGAAUGAUUAUGAUGCUGUAUGCUCUGACAAUUUGUGUACUGAAUCUCUUAUUAUUUAGUUUUCAUUUGUCUGCUUUGUUUGUAUUUGUUGUAUAUGGG